UUUUUUUGAAUACUGUAUAUUACGAAAAUAACCUAAUGGAAACCGAAUUUAGUAAAUUAAAUAUCUCAGGUGAAGAUUCCAAUCACAAAAGUUGUUCAUAUUGUAACAAACCUUUUACUGAAGAAUCAUGGUGUAAAGAAUGUGACCCAUUUAGAAAAAUAGAAGGAUGGACCAGUGGAAAUUCAGAUAUUGAUAAGUUUAUAAAAGAUACAAUGUAUAAGCAAGUAUAUAGUUAUAAUAUUCUUGAAUGGGUACCAUUUGAUAGAUUUACAGAUAUAAAAGAAAUUGGUGAAGGUGGAUUCGCCAAAGUAUAUACUGCAACUUGGAUUGAUGGUAAAUCAAAUUAUGAUGGAAGUUGGAAAAAAAAAGAACCCGAAUCUAUGGAAAUUGCCUUGAAAAGGCUGAAUGGAUCACAGAAUAUGUCAGAUAAAUAUUUAAAUGAACUUAAAAUACAUUGGGAAAUUUCUAAUAAACAUGGAUUAAAAUUUUAUGGAUUAACUAAAUGCCCAGAAACUAAAGAAUUUAUGAUGAUUAUACAAUUUGCUGAUAAAGGAAAUUUGAGAAGUACUCUUUCAAAUAACUUUAACAAAAUUAUGUGGGGAACAAAAAUUAUGUAUUUAUAUAUUGCACUCAUAGACGUAGAUGAUUUACAUGAAUUAGGAUAUUGCCAUAAAGAUUUUCAUAGUGGGAAUAUUUUACUAGCUAGCGCUACUUAUAUUUCAGACUUUGGAUUAUCAGGACCAGCAAAUGAACAAAAAUCAGAUGGUAAAGUUUAUGGAGUAAUGCCAUAUAUUGCACCAGAAAUCUUAAACGGAGAACCAUAUACAUCAUCAUCUGAUAUUUAUAGUGUAGGUGUAAUUAUGGCUGAAUUAUCAUCAGGAAAACCACCUUUUUACAAUAAAAAACAUGAUUUAAGCUUAGCAUUAGCCAUAUGUAAUGGACUCAGACCAGAAUUUGGAAAAGGAACUCCUGAAUUUUACAAGAAAUUAGCUUAUAAAUGCAUGAAUGCUAAUCCAAAUGAAAGACCAACAGCUUUUGAAUUAUACGAUAUAUUUAAGUUUUGGAAAAAUUCUAUUGAAGGUAGUUAUAGUGUAGUAGAAAAAUUCGGUUAUAAAGGAAAAGAAAUCAAAGCAGCAUUUGAAGAAGCUGAUAAAGAAAUACCAAACAUCUCAACUUCAUAUGAAAAGAAUUCUGAUGCUGUAUUUACUAGUAGAGCGUUUACAUUUAGCAAUUUAUUAUCAAAACCUGUUAAUUCAUCCAUUAUCACAUCAUAUAUUAAUAAUGAAGUUUGUGACUCUCAAUUAAUCGACUUGGAAGUAUCUAAUUCAAUACAAUUAAGAGAUAUUGACGAUGAAAGUAAGGUUGAUGAUUUAGUGAAUUAAAUAUUUAUUAGCUAUAGUUGAUAGCUUAAUUACUCUAUAAUGCACUAGCUGCUGUAACCUAUUGCGUUACAAUAGGAUUAAUUUAUGGUAAUAUACAAAUUUAUACCCAUGGCCUUUUUUCUUUUUCUGUUACAGGCUUAUCUUACUUUACAUAAUCUUUUUUGCACUGUUCAAGCAGUUGCCAUAUUUCUUUCAUAUAUUGUAUUACAUUAGUAUUAUGGAAGCAUAUCCGAUUUAUAAUUUAUAAUCAAUAUAAUCAAAUUUUUUUAUUUAUAUCAUUAAAAUUUACUACAACUUUUUAGAGAAUGGAGAUAGUAACAAAAAAAAAUUGCAAUAAAAAAUGAACAAU